CCAUUAGCCAGUUGUCAGAUGUUUUUGGGAUUACAUCAACCGAAAGAGAGAUAAUCGAGUACCAACGCGCGCUACGGACAAAUUCACAUUUCUCAUUUAGCCUUAAUAUCUUUAAAAGAUGAUAUCGACAAUGCUAACGUUUGCCGGUAAAUGAAGCUAACUUAACUUGAGCUAAAUGGCUAGCUAGCGUGUCGUCAACUUGUGAAUCUCAUAACUUGAGUCGCUGUGUGGGCCACGGUAAUAAACGUACGGUUCAACCGGAGACCUUAGCUAGCCGGGAAAUUGCUACCCGUUAUAUUAGCCUGAUAGCAUAGAGGACGAGGUAUAAAAACAAAGAAAAGUUUGCUAGCGUAGUUAAAGCUAGCCAGUUUGGUGUCUGUAAUAUGAAAAAGGCACCGUCUGACACAUUGGGAUUUGUUCCUCAAAAAGACAUCGUAUACAACAAACUUCUGCCGUACGCGGACAGACUAGAUGAAGAAUCCAAUGAUAUUCUGGGUAAAAUCAAAGGAAACCUGGGCCGAGCUGUCCAGCUCAGAGAGAUAUGGCCCGGUGUGCUGUUUUGGACGAGGAAACUUUCAACGUACAUGCGCCUGUACGGACGGAAGUUCAGCAAAGAAGACCAUGUCCUGUUCAUCAAGUUGCUCUAUGAGCUAGUGACGAUCGAUAAACUCGAGAUCAGCAUGAUGCAGGGCCUCGCUCGGCUUCUUAUCAACCUCCUCAAGAAAAGGGAACUACUGUCACGGGAGGACCUAGAGUUGCCGUGGAGACCACUGUAUGAGCUGCAUGACAGGAUUCUUUUCUCCAAGACAGAACAUCUGGGACUCAACUGGUUUCCCAAUUCUCCACGGCCUCGUUCAUCCUCUAAACUCAUAAUGCUAAAAUUGGUUCAGAGGUGCUCUGUGGAAAAUGUGUUGAAAACACUUGUGAAAAGCUGCAGACCAUAUUUUUCAGAGUCUGCUACUGAGGAGAUGCUGGAUGAGUGGAGGCCGCUGUUCUGUCCUUUUGAUGUCACCAUGCAAAGAGCAAUCAGCUACUUUGAACUGUUUCUACCCACAACUCUACCCCCAGAGCUGCACCACAAGGGGUUCAAGUUGUGGUUCGAUGAAUUGAUCAACUUGUGGGUAUCUGUGCAGAAUCUUCCAAGCUGGGAAGUGCACCUGGUCAACCUCUUCGCUCGCUUGGCCAAUGACAACAUCGGCUACAUUGACUGGGACCCUCAUAUACCGAAGAUUUUCACAAGGAUUUUGAGGAGUUUAAACCUCCCCGUGGGGACCAGUCCGAUGAUGGUACCACGAUAUGUCACCAACGCCUACGACAUCAGCCAUGUGGUGCUUUGGGUCUCAUCACUUCUGGGAGGACCCAGCAAGCAAGCUCAAGCACAGCUCAGUGGCCUUUUCAACAGUAUUACAUCAUUCUUCCACCCAUCCAACCAUGGCCGCUGGCUGAUGAAACUCAUGAAGCUGCUCCAACGUCUCCCGGCCAGCGUGGUUCGGCGGCUGCACCGAGAGCGCUACAGAAAGCCCACAUGGCUAACACCAAUACCAGACAGUCACAAGCUCACAGAGGAUGAUAUCACAGACUUUGUAGAGAGCAUGAUGCAGCCGGUUCUGCUGGCAAUGUUCAGCAAAACUGGCAGUCUUGAUGCUGCUCAGGCCCUGCAAAACCUAGCUCUAAUGAGGCCCGAAUUGGUCAUCCCCCCUGUUCUUGAGAAAACAUACCCUGCUCUGGAGACUCUCACGGAGCCCCACCAGCUGACAGCAACUCUGAGCUGCAUGAUUGGUGUGGCUCGGAGCCUAGUGUCAGGUGGGCAGCGCUUCCCUGAGGGCCCCACUCACAUGCUUCCCCUGCUCAUGAGGGCACUGCCAGGCGUUGAUCCGAAUGACUUCAGCAAGUGCAUGAUCACAUUCCAGUUUAUUGCUACAUUUGUGACUCUUGUGCCUUUGGUGGACUGUUCGCCUGCCCUACAUGAAAGAACUGACUUGACAGAGGUGGAGAGAGAGAUGUGCUCAGCUUCAGCCGAGUUUGAAGACUUUGUGCUUCAGUUCAUGGACAGAUGCUUUGCCCUGAUAGACAGCAGCACUCUGGAACAAACUCGUGAAGAAACCGAAACGGAGAAAAUGACCCAUCUGGAGAGUCUGGUAGAGCUCGGCCUGUCUUCCACCUUCAGCACCAUCCUCACACAGUGCUCUUUGGACAUCUUCAAGGUCGCUCUGGGAAAGGUGUUCAACUUUGCAACCACAAACAUCUUUGAGACACGUGUAGCGGGGAGAAUGGUGGCUGACAUGUGCAGAGCUGCAUCCAAGUGUCACCCUGAAGAGUCACUCAAGCUGUUUUUGCCACACUGCUGCAAUCAAAUAAAUCAAAUUGCUGUCAAUGAGGAAGUGUUGAAUGAGGAGGAGCUUGACAAGGAGUUGAUGUGGAAUCUCCAGCUACUAUCUGAGGUGACCCGAGUGGACGGAGACAAGAUCCUGCGCUAUCGCUCUGACCUGGUUCAGAUUUUGCAGUUGACUCUUCGCCUCAAGUCUAAGCAGGGCUACACUCUAGCUUGCAACCUGCUGCACCACAUGCUUCGAUCCUCGGUCCUCACCUACCCCACGGAGUACUGUAGUGUGCCAGGAGGCUUCCACCAUCAGACCAGUGACUACAUACCCAUUAAGGACUGGGGUCGGCCUGGGGACCUCUGGAACUUGGAUAUCCGGUGGCACGUGCCCAGCGUGGAGGAGACCUCCUUUGCUUUUUAUUUACUGGACCUGAUUCUCCAGCCUGAACUUCAGCGCCUUCAGAGAUUUGCACAGGGAGAACAGGACAUGAACAGAGAUGAUGUCCUGCAGAGCCUGACCAUCAUUCAGCACUGCCUCCUAGGAGCUGGAGCUCUGAUGCCUCCACUGAAAGGACAGCCCAUCCCUAAUCUGGUUCAGAGUAUGGUGAAUCUUGAUGAGACCACCCUCUACACAGGAAUGACUUAUGAUGAGUCCAGAGAGAACUACAGAGAUGCUAUCUGUAGUGUGAUGAGACAGCUGCUGCAUUACAUUCUGGAGCACUCUGAGGACGACACCAAAUCUCUUUUUUCCAUCAUCAAGAUUAUCAGUGACCUGUUGCACUUCAAAGGUUCUCACAAACAUGAGUUUGAUUCCCGUUGGAAGAGCUUCAACCUUGUGAAGAAAUCGAUGGAAAACAGGCUUCAUGGCAGAAAACAGCACAUCAGAGCUCUGCUAAUAGACAGAGUCAUGCUCCAGCAUGAGCUCCGCAAGCUGACAGUAGAAGGGUGUCAGUACAGGAGCAUCCACCAGGAGCUGAUGAGAGAUCUGCUGCGGCUCUCUACAAGCACCUACAGCCAAGUACGCAGCAGAGCUCAAAGUGUGCUGUUCACUGCACUGGGAACCUACAAUUUCUGCUGCAGAGAUCUGAUUCCCCAUGUCCUAAAGUUUCUCAACCCAGAAAACAGCAGUGUCACACAGCAGCAGUUCAAAGGUGCCUUGUACUGUCUUCUGGGUAAUCACAGCGGAGUGUGCCUGGCCAAUUUGCACGACUGGGAGUGCAUUGCUCUGACAUGGCCUGCUGUUGUGCGCUCUGGCCUCAGUUCAGCCAUGUCCCUGGAGAAGCCCUCCAUUGUGCGGCUCUUCGAUGACCUUGCGGACAAAAUCCAUCGCCAGUAUGAGACCAUCGGCAUCGACUUCUCUAUCCCUGGUGAGUGCUGUGACGUGGCUAAACAACUUAUGGUCACUGGCAGUCCCUUUCCCAAAGACCCUCCUCCUUCAGAGGAGGAAGCAGCAGAGGGCCUAAAGAGGCAGGGUCUCAAGAACUCAGACUCUGUAGAGAAAUACAAGCAGCUCAUUGGUGAUCUGCUGGACUACUUGAGCAACAGGAACAUGCCUUGGAAGUUCGAACAGAUUGCAAUCGGCUUCUUGUCAUUGCUGCUGAGAGAUGACCACGAACUUCCAUCCCCAGCUGUUUUGUUCUUUGUCAAAAGCCUCAACCAUGACUCCCUCUAUGUCCGCAAGGUGGCAAUAUCAGCUGUGGCAGGAAUCAUGAAACAAAUCAAGAGACCACAUAAAAAAGUCCCAGUCAGCCCCACUGAGCUAUGUGGAGUGAAGGAGUUAAGUGAUAUCGUAGCUGGCGACCGUCCAGACAACCAGUGGCUCCAGUAUAACAGCAGCAACUUACCACGCACGCAGCAGGAUUGGGACAGCUGUGUGUUUGUGGAAAAGACUCACUGGGGAUACUACUCUUGGCCAAGAAAACUGAUGAUGUAUGCUCCACUGGAGGAGCAACCCAAGCAGAACCUGACCAGAGAGGAAAUGACAGAGCGGGAGCAGAUCAUCUAUGACCAUUUCUCAGACCCUGUAUUCAUCAAUCAGUUCAUUGAGUAUCUCUCACUUGAAGACCGAAAGGGCAAGGACAAGUUUAGCCCUCGCAGGUUCUGUUUGUUCAAGGGAUUGUUCCGCAAUUUCGGCGACGUCUUUCUGCCUCUGCUGAAGCCACACAUGGAGCGCCUGGUGGCCGAGUCCCAUGAGAGUAAGCAGCGGUGCGUUGCGGAGAUAAUCUCCGGUCUUAUCCGAGGCUGCAAACACUGGAGCUACACGAAGGUGGAGAGCCUUUGGGAGCUGUUGUGUCCACUGCUCCGCACUGCCCUGUCCAACAUUACAGUAGAAACGUAUGCAGAUUGGGGCACCUGCAUCGCCACAGCCUGUGAGAGCAGAGACCCACGCAAGCUUCAUUGGCUGUUUGAGAUGCUAAUGGAAUCUCCAGUCAACGGAGAGGGGGGCUCCUUUGUCGAUGCCUGUCGUCUCUAUGUGCUGCAAGGAGGCCUAGCUCAGCAGGAGUGGCGUGUGCCAGAGCUCCUCCACAGGUUGUUGCAAUACCUGGAGCCCAAACUCACACAGGUCUACAAGAAUGUCCGGGAGCGAAUCGGCAGCGUGCUCACCUACAUCUUCAUGAUAGAUGUCAACUUGCCAUACACGCAGCGAACCACCUCCCCACGCAUUUCAGACUUCACAGAGCGAAUUCUGUUGCAACUGAAGCCCCUAACUGAGGGUGACGAGGAGAUCCAGAACCACGUAAUUGAGGAGAAUGAGGACGGAGAACAGGAUGAAAGAACGCAAGCAAUCAAACUGCUCAAAACAGUGCUGAAGUGGCUGAUUGCGAGUGCUGGCCGCGCUUUCUCCACUCCUGUCCCAGAACAGCUACGGUUGCUUCCCCUGCUGUUCAAGAUUGCCCCAGUUGAGAACGAUGACAGUUACGAUGAACUGAAGAGGGAUGCAAAGACCUGCCUGGCUCUGAUGUCUCAGGGGCUGCUCUACUCAGACCAGAUCCCCAUGGUCCUCAGUGCCCUGCAGAAGAUUGCCGGCAGCAGCUCCUGGCACGCUCGCUACACGGUGCUGACAUACCUCCAGAUUAUGGUUUUUUACAACCUCUUCACCUUCAUGAGUGACCAGAAAGCAGUGAAUGAUGUCCGGGCACUGGUGAUAAAGCUGCUGGAGGAUGAGCAGCUGGAGGUAAGAGAAAUGGCUGCCACCACACUCAGUGGCUUCCUUCAGUGCAAUUUCCUGUCCAUGGACGCCCCCAUGCAGGCACAUUUUGAGGCUCUGUGCAAGACUUGCUUGCCUAAGAAAAGGAAGAGGGAGCUCGGAUCUAUAGUGGACACUAUUCCUUCUGCUGAUCUGGUACGGCGCCAUGCUGGUGUUCUUGGGCUGAGUGCUUGUAUUCUCUCCAGCCCAUACGAUGUGCCCACCUGGAUGCCCCAGCUGCUGAUGGACCUGAGUGCUCACCUCAAUGACACCCAACCCAUUGAGAUGACUGUGAAGAAAACGUUGUCUAACUUCCGACGGACUCACCAUGACAACUGGCAGCAGCAUAAGCAGCAGUUCACAGAUGACCAGCUGCUGGUCCUGACUGAUCUGCUAGUCUCCCCCUGUUACUAUGCCUAAAACCAGACACCAGCCUGCAUUGGGGAGGAGGCUCCAGUUCUUGACUGAAACACUCUGCGUCACCCUGGGAGAAGAGUGGCACACAAAGGAACUGAGUUGUGGCACACCGAAGGAUUAAAAAGUUGUGUAUUUAUGUAUUUAGCUCAUUUACAUUUCUACUAUACUUAAUAUUUAAGGAUCAAUCAUAGCAGGGAUGAAAGCCCUGCAGUUUGUAACAUUUCUGUACAGACUUUUCUUCUUUUUUGGUUUGUUUGCGUGCAUGUGCACGAGUGUUUUUGUGUGUGAGCGCGUGUUAAUGGGAUGCUUGAAGACAUCUGCUGGUGUCCCACACAUUUCUCAGGAUUAUAUCCCAAGUAUCAACUCUGAGCCAACACGAUGUCCCAGUGAAGGACGUAGUCUUUACUAUCAUCCAAUAGUAAAGUGUUUGUUACAAGCCACAGAGAAUUGACUAUUGAACAAUGGUCUCUUUAGAUUAGACUUUAACCUGCAACACACAAUGUUUGUGUGACUGUUUGAUCUAUAUAUGAUUAUAUACAUCAUGUAUGCAUAUAUCAUGGUAUAGCAAAUAUGCACAAACAUAUUUAUUUAUUUAUUUUACCUUUUUUGAAGUGCUAUGUUUUAAUUUUUCGUAGAUUUUCUGAAAUUUAGUAGAUGGCUUAGCUUUUAGCAGCAGAGCCUAUUCUCAUCCACUCUAGCAGAGAAAGUGAGAGGGCACGCUCCCUGCUGCGGUGCUGUGUGAUGCGUUUGCUGUGAGGACCUGGGCACAAUUCGAUUUCAUGCGUCUCAGUGCAAGACAGUAACCAAACUGCCUGUCCAUAAAUGUGACCUCUUCCCUCUUUUCCUCUGUAUUAUUAACCUUUUUCUUGAAACCCAGUGAGGUUGAAAUUAUUUUGGUUUGCAUAUGUUUCCCCUGAUGACUUGAAAUCAGUCUAAGCAUUGAAGCAUUUAGUACCUCACUUAUGUAUAGUGUAGUGCCAAAACUGCAGUGAUUUUUUUUUUUUUAGAUGUAUGUGUGCUUAUUGAAUGGGAUUACAAUAAAUUGUUUGUUAAAAAACUUCAUCUUUAUUGUCUUAGAAUACAUAAAAUACUGCAUGCAAACAAUUGAGUAACUCCAAAUUUUUUUUUUUUUAAAUGGUCCUUUCAUACUCUGAAAUCAGGAACUUUUGAGGGAUGUUUUAAGAUGUUUUACAAACUCAUGGCUAAGACAUAAACUCUGCUUU